GAAUAAUCUGGUCCGAGGAUUCGAACACAGUGUUUACACAACUAGCGGCGGGCGUGCGAGAAAAUCACUCUCGUAGAGUUUUCGAGCGAUAUUACAGAGGAAAGACUGUAUUCUGGCCAGGCUUGUUCCAAGAGCAAGACUCAGCAUGACAACCAUCCACUGGUUUAGGAAAGGAUUACGUCUCCAUGACAACCCAGCUUUAGUGGCUGCUAUUGAUGAGAAUAAAGAACUGCGGCCAGUGUUUGUGCUUGACCCCUGGUUUGUAAGAGAAAGUCGCACAGGCGUCAACCGGUGGCGUUUCUUGGCACAAACACUAGUUGACCUGGACACAAGCCUCAAGCAGCUUGGUUCUAGGCUCUUUGUUGUCCGAGGGAAGCCAGAAGAAGUCUUUCCCAAAUUAUUUAAAGAAUGGAAUGUAGAAAAGAUGACGUGGGAAGUGGACACAGAACCCUAUGCUCGCACUCGAGAUGAAAAAAUUGAGAAAUUGUCAAAGGAACAUGGUGUCAAAGUCGUAUGCAAAGUUGGACACACAUUGUACGACACUGAAAAAGUCAUCAGAACCAACCUAGGGAAAACGCCAUUGACUUUUCAAGGACUGGAGGGAGUGCUGAAGAAAAUAGGACUACCACCAAAAGUUGUUGAUAGGCCCACCAGUCUCCCUGAGGGGUGUAAGAUCAGUUCAGAAGUAGCAUCUGAUCCUAAGUAUGACCCCCCUACUCUGAAAGAUCUUGGUGUGGUGGAGAGUGACCUGGAGCCUUGUCUUUACCCCGGCGGCGAGACUGAGGCUCUUAAAAGGCUUGAAAAAUACAUGGAGCGGAAGUCCUGGGUUCGUAGCUUUGAAAAGCCCAAAACCAUUCCAAAUUCACUGCAGCCAAGUACAACUGUCCUCAGUCCAUAUCUAAAGUUUGGUUGCCUCUCAUGCAGAACUAUGUACUACAGGUUGCUUGAGGUAUAUGGGAGCAAGCCUUCACAGAUAGCACAAGAGUCACUCUUAGGACAGCUCACCUUUAGAGAAAUGUUCUACACAGUUGGAGCAACAACUGCAAAUUUCGACCAGAUGGAAGGUAAUGCAAUUUGCAGACAAAUCCCCUGGAAGAGAGAUGAGAAGAUGCUGGAGGCUUGGGAAUUCGGUAAGACUGGAUUCCCUUUCAUAGAUGCAAUCAUGAUACAGUUACGCAAAGAAGGUUGGAUCCACCACUUGGCCAGACAUGCUGUGGCUUGCUUCCUAACCCGAGGUGACUUGUGGCAGCCCUGGGAGGAUGGAAUGAAGGUAUUUGAAGAGUUGCUGCUUGAUGCAGACUGGUCACUGAAUGCUGGGAACUGGAUGUGGCUUUCAGCAUCUGCCUUCUUUCACCGCUACUUCCGUGUCUACAGCCCUAUUGAGUUUGGCAGGAAAACCGAUCCUCAUGGUGAUUAUAUCAGAAAAUACAUACCAAAGUUGAAAAAGUUCCCUGACAACUAUAUCUACGAGCCUUGGAAAGCACCUCUCAGUGUUCAAAAGGCUGCAGGUUGUAUCAUAGGCCAAGAUUAUCCAAGGCCCAUCGUUGACCAUCAGAAGGCCCGGGAGGAGAAUCUGAAGCGUAUGGGACAAGCCUACCAAGCAGAUGAAAAUGCAAAUGUAAGUCCUCUAGAUAUCCAGUCUGUGGAAGUGAUAGUAAGGGAGUGAUGUUUUGCCCGUGCAUGUAUGCUCACUCUUCAAGGGGAAGGAAAAGGCAAACAAAAACAAGCACCAACAAAGAAUGGGCCUCCUGCAAAGAAGAAAAAAUAAGAUACCUAGAAGCUUCAUCUCUUCAGAAAGUUAAUUGAUGUGAUAUAUACAUUAUAACAAUCUUCCCUUAAAUUAUGGAAGAUUGUUUUGUGUUUAGAAUACUCUUACCAAAAAUUAAAAGAUCUGUUCUUAAGUGGUUUCUUUUUCUGCAGAUUGCUGAUGAAAUCAAAAUAUAGAUUAAGGUGACGUACGAUUUAAGAAAUAGGGUAUGGUAGGGUAUUUUUGAACAAUUAGGGUGACUUCAAUUAUAACCCAUGUAAUGGGUUGCAGAAUAAAUGUGCUUUGUGAAAUUGGUAAAUGUAUUACUGCUAUUCUCUAAACAGGGACGUGCAGGUGUUGACCCAAAUUACAGUAAAGUACUUAUUGAUGUAUUCUACUCAUUGUACAAACUGAGCCUCAGGGUUUCAUGAUCACUUUGUUUAUUUAUGUGUUACUGUAUUCUGUUAUGCUUUGUACUUUUGGUUAUUUCUAGUAAAAUAUUUGUUAAA